CGGGAAGUGUUGAGUGCCACAUGCCAACGUCAAACUCUUUUAUUGGGCAGUAAAAUGGCGUUUGGACUCUAUUCCUUGAUAGAAGCAGUGAUUUUAUGUUUAAAUGCUGUAUGUGUUCUUCAUGAAGAACGAUUUCUUUCAAAAAUUGGAUGGGGCACAGACCAGCGAGGUUUUGGGGAGCAACCAGGCAUGAAAACUCAGCUGAUGAAUCUUGUUAGAUCAAUCCGAACAGUCAUGAGAAUUCCAUUGAUUGGCAUAAACGUUGUUGUGAUACUCUUCAUGUUGGUGAUGGGAUGAUGGAAAUCACGCUUAGAUGCUACAUUCUGGAAAUGUGAUUGCAAUAUUUUGUGAAAGCCCGAAAUUAUACGCAUAUUAAUAUAAUACAUGACCAUCAUGCAGAAAUAAGUGCUAUCUGACACUCAAACAUUAUGAAGGGUUCCAGACUCUUCGCUCAACAUUAAGCAUUUCAAGUGGUCAAUCCCACAAAGUCAGUUGCUUGUAAUUUGUCUCUCAGUGUAACUGUUAAUAAAUAAGUACAACUAAAUGAAUUUUAAAUAGGGUUAUUUACACAGGAUAUGGCAUGUACAUAAAGGAUCAAAGUAACAGAUCUUUACAUUUACUACACAUGUGUGUUACAAUUUUACUUCAUAGUCAUAGAUGCUGAUUAGUACAAGUGUCCUGCAUAUAUUUAUUCCGUUACAUUACAUAUAUUUCAUUUUGAAUCUUUGAUAUUUGUAAAAUUGUUCAUAUCAUGUUUGUAUGUCGGUUUGUGUAUACAGUUUUGCAUGGUUUAAGCUUUUCAAUACAAAUGAUAUUGUAAUAUGGAAAUACUUUGAAAAACCACUAAUCUUGUAUUAUGAUUCAUGGCUCUUCUGACCUCAGCACUGGUGUCAGUUUUACAUUUAUUGCUUGUUAACAUUCAAACAGACACAUUUCCUAACUUUAAUAUCUUAAUGAAACUUGAUCAGAAUAUAUAUCUGAUUAUAUACGAGGGCCAUUCAAAAAAUAUGAAGACUGUGGUAAUAAAUUACGUUUAAGAUGUCA